AUGAACAAUCUCCGAUGCUCGAUGCAGAGCGCCGCCCCCACCAAGAAGCUUGACCUACCUGAGCUCAAGACAGGCUCUGUCAGAGUAGUCCUCAUACGCCAUGGAGCUGUGGACUUGACUACUCCAGGCAUGACCUUCCCGAAGGAUUGUUUCUAUGGAGGGCACGACGUCCCCCUUAGCGACUACGGCAAGCUGGAAGCACAGGCUGCAGCUAACAUGGUGGAAGAAAUUCCAAUCGAGCAGGUAUACUGCUCCCCUUUGAAGAGAGCGCUGUACGGCGGCGAGAGGGUGGCAGAGAAGUUCGGCUUGACCCCGAAGCAAGAUGAUCGCUUCCGGGAGGUGAAUCGAGGACGAUGGCUGGGGUUGACCAAGGAGCAAGUGCGGGAGAAAUUUCCUGGGGAUCUUGAGAAGUUCCAGGAGGAUCCUUUGUGGUGUGAGCAUGGGGGAGAGACGUACCGACAGCUCAGCGAGAGAGUAUGGAGUGGGCUGAACGACAUGGUGAAAGAUGCGGAAGUGAAUGGUUGGAAGAACAUCGCUCUCGUGUCGCACAUGUGGGUCACUAAGAGCAUUAUCACCAAGGUCAUGGGAAUUCAGCCCGACGAUCAGAGCAAGUGGGCAGAAAUGAACAUUCCCACAGCCUCUGUUUCCCUUCUCGACUUCAACUUGAAGCAGCGUGACAACGUUGAGGUCCUUGCUGUUGGGCUCAAACCUCCCAUGGACACUGUCAUGGAGGAGGGCAAGGACGGGAAGACGUGGGGGGGAUGA